CUCCAAGCAGCCUUUGCCCAGCAGGGAACACGCUCUGCAAACACUUUACCUCCUAACAAGCAAAUGGUAUUAACAUCCCGGGGCUGAAAUGGAGCUGCUGGGAAUCACCACGCUUGCUCUCGUGGUCUCUGUGAUUUGCCUUAGCCUCCUUUCAGUGUGGGCAAAAAUGCGCACUGGGGGGAGAUUGCCCCCUGGCCCAACUCCACUUCCCCUUGUUGGGAAUUUGCUGCAACUAAACCUCAAGGACAUCCCUGCAUCUCUUUCCAAGCUGGCCGAAGAGUAUGGGCCUGUUUACACUCUGUACUUUGGAUCCUGGCCUACUGUAGUCCUCCAUGGCUAUGAAGUGGUGAAGGAAGCGCUGCUCAAUCAAGGUGAUGAUUUCCUUGGGAGAGGACCUCUUCCCAUUAUCGAAGACAGCAAUAAGGGAUACGGACUCAUUUUCAGUAAUGGAGAGAGAUGGAAGCUCCUUCGACGCUUCUCCCUUAUGACGCUGAGGAACUUUGGGAUGGGGAAGAGAAGCCUGGAGGAGAGGGUACAAGAGGAAGCCCGGUGCCUUGUGGAGGAAUUAAAAAAAACAGAAGCUCAGCCCUUUGACCCCACCUUCAUCCUGGCCUGUGCUCCCUGCAACGUGAUCUGUUCCAUUCUUUUCAAUGAGCGUUUCCAGUACAAGGACCAGACAUUCCUCACCCUCAUGAAUCUUUUAAAUAAAAAUUUUCGUGAAGUGAACUCUAUAUGGUGCCAGAUGUACAAUCUAUGGCCAAAAUUCAUGAAGUAUAUCCCUGGCAAGCACAAAGAAUUCUCAAAAAGACUUGAUGAUGUUAAAAAUUUCAUUCUAGAAAAAGUGAAGGAGCAUCAAGAGUCCCUGGACCCUGUUAACCCUCGGGACUACGUUGACUGUUUCCUUAGCAAGGUUGAGGAGGAGAAGCACAACCAGAAGUCUGAAUUUGAUCUGGAGAACUUGGCAGUCUGUGGGUCUAACUUGUUUACAGCGGGCACCGAGACAACCAGCACCACCCUGAGAUUCGGGCUCCUGCUCCUCAUGAAGCACCCAGAGGUGCAAGACAGAGUUCAUGAGGAACUUGACCGUGUCAUUGGACGCCACCAACCCCCCAGUAUGGCGGACAAGGUGAAGCUACCCUACACCGACGCUAUGGUGCACGAGAUCCAAAGAUACAUCACUCUCCUUCCUUCUAGCCUGCCCCAUGCUGUGGUCCGGGACACAAAAUUCAGACACUAUGUCAUCCCCAAGGGCACUGCUGUAUUCCCGCUACUAUCUUCCAUCUUGUCGGAUCAUAAGGAGUUUCCCAACCCAGAGAAGUUUGACCCAGGACACUUCCUGGAUAAGAACGGCUGCUUCAAGAAGACAGACUACUUUGUUCCUUUCUCCCUUGGGAAGCGGUCCUGCGCUGGCGAGAGUUUAGCCCGGAUGGAGCUGUUCCUGUUCUUCACCGCCAUUCUACAGAAGUUUUCCCUGAAGCCUCUGGUGGAGCCGAGGGACCUUGAUAUCAAGCCUGUUGUUACUGGGCUCAUCAACGUGCCACCGCCUUAUAAGCUGUGCCUUGUUCCUAGAUAAGAGUUCAUCCUCUUAGUCAUCCAGAGCUAAGUAACUGUUUCUCUUUUCUAUGAACAGUGUCUCUAUGCUAAGUACUGCCCAGGACAAAAAUGUUAUUCAUUAAAACCACCACGGGCAUUGUUUUGAUCUAAAAAUACCUUGACAUAAAGGUCUGGGUCUUGUAAGCUCCCAGGACACAAGCAAUGUGUCUAUGUCCAUCAACUUCUCUACAAACCAGGGCCCAGCAGAGCUGACACCAGGCCCCAGAAACCCUUCAUCAGACACCACCACCAAGUAGCAGAGCAUCUUCAUCUGUGGCUUUGGAGAUAAACUAAUUCUCUGUCCUUGUUCCAGUAGAGAAAUUAAUGUAAUGGCCUACAUAUAUUUUCCUGUUCUCACCUAAAAUCAUAUGGUUUGUGUCACAUUCACAAAAUAAAUUCUCACCCCAGCAAUA